UCAAAUGAUCAACCGCUGCCAUCCCUUGUGGUGAAUUACUAAAAAAAUGUCUGAUUUCGCGUUUGAUUACGCUUUGGUAAAACAGCUCAAAUCCGUAUAGCUUUAAAAAUUUCUGCCAAAUUUUCCAAUGCAUUUUUAACUUUAAUAGUUUGAAAAACAUACAAACCACUAUAAAAUAAACUUUUAUCGGCCAUAAAAAAUAUUAAAGGUGCGCUAAAGCGAAGUCUCAAGAUUAAAAGACUUACGUGGGGUGCGGGGAUUGAGUGGCUAAUGUCUCCGCUUUGUUGAAAAUAAAAGUUUCAAUACUCUGCGGAGCUUGUCAAAUAAUCAAUAAACAAGUCCGGGGGACGUAAUAACUUUCCAACGUCCAUUGUCAAUUGAAAAGUGGGUUGGUGUUAUAGAAGCAAUUUCAGCUUCGUCCACCCAACGGAAACGAUGUCAACAACUCCAAAUUCUGGAAAUAGUAGUAGUAGCAACAACAACUCUACAAAAUCCCCAAAACAAAAUCAAGUUAACGGCGGCGAUUCAUACAGUGACAGUAGUAGCAUUGAAGAAAAUCUUGAAUCCGAGGAGCGAAGGCGUAGAAUUUUGAAAAACAGAAAUAGUGGCUAUUUGCAACGCAACGUUAGUAGUAAAUCACAGCCGCAUCACCACGUUACGCAGCAAAGAGUCAGUAUGAGUGCAGCAAGCGGUGCUAUACCGAAACACGACAAGUCAAGUGCGGCAGGCUCUGCCGUAUCCAAUAAUAGUGGCGGACAAAAUGCUGGAGGUGGGGUUUUACUGCGUCCGGGAGAUCGUAUUGCACUGCUAGUGGACAAUGUACGCUUUGUUAUUGAGCAGGCACUAGUAACAGCACAUCCAAACACCAUGCUAGGUACAAUGUUUAGCUCAGGCUUUCAAUUUGUCCACCCCAACGAGCGCGGUGAAUAUGAAGUAGCUGAAGGCAUUUCCCAUACCGUUUUUCGUGCAAUCCUAGAGUAUUAUAAAACUGGAAUAAUUCGCUGCCCUCCAACGGUAUCUGUCCCCGAACUAAAAGAGGCAUGUGAUUAUCUGCUUAUACCAUUCGACGCGACUACUGUUCGGUGCCAGAAUUUACGAGGUUUACUACAUGAACUCAGCAACGAAGGUGCUCGUCAGCAAUUCGAAGUUUUCCUUGAGGAUCUUAUACUGCCCCUAAUGGUUGCGUCGGCACAACGUGGUGAUCGAGAAUGUCAUGUUGUAGUUUUACUGGACGAUGACGUUGUUGACUGGGAUGAAGAGUUUCCUCCUCAAAUGGGCGAAGAAUACUGCCAAACCGUUCACAGCACCGCUAUGCAUAGAUUUUUUAAAUAUAUUGAAAAUCGCGACGUAGCUAAACAAGUUAUGAAAGAUCGUGGACUCAAAAAAAUUCGUUGUGGCAUCGAAGGAUAUCCAACACACAAGGAAAAGAUUCGUCGCCGACCAGGCGGCCGUGCAGAAGUAAUUUAUAGUUAUGUUCAACGACCCUUUAUACACAUGUCUUGGGAGAAGGAAGAAGCAAAAAGCCGUCACGUUGAUUUUCAGUGUGUCAAAUCCAAGUCGGUGACAAAUUUGGCAGAAGCCAACGCAGAUCCGCCUUUGGAAUUGGACGCAAGUGGCAACCCAAUACGACCAGUGGAAGUAAACAUAAAUGCAGAGGCGCGGGCACCCUUCGUUGCUGACGCUGAAGGGGCAGGUGGAGGAGGGGCUAAUGCACCAGUUGCUGUCGCUGUUGACGAAGCGGCCGGUGGUGUAAUCAUGUUGAACGAUCUUGAACAAGCCUCUGGCGGUGGCGUCGAAGAAUCAGUCUGAAUGCACAUGUCCUAACAAAACAAAAAAAAAAACGUAGCAUUUGUGAAAAUACAUUUAAAAUUUAUAAGCGUACGUACUCUUUUCCCUCUUCAUAUAACUAAAUACUAUAAUGAUAUUAAUAUACG